AUGGGUAGCCAUUUCGACAGGGUUGUAGGCCUCAAAGGAGUACAGCCAAGAGCAGCAGAUACCACUGCCACGCUCGAUGGAGUUUUGGGAGGCGAGAACCGAGCAAUGCAAUGCUCCUAUAUGCGAACUAGAAUGCUUGAGAGCUUAGAGAGAAGAGAUGAUAAAUCUUCAAUCACUAAAAUAGACAGCCAAAUCAGAGCAGUAGCACAUCGAGCUGAAGACAUCAUUGAGUCCUACAUGGUUGAUCAAAUGCUCACCGGAUCUAAUUGCGUCAUAUUCACUUUAUCCCAACCAGAUCUGCAUCAAGUAAUACAAGAUCUUGAUUCUCUUAUAAAGCAAGCGGAGAAGCUCGUGGAGAUGGAGGAUGAGAAGAUGCUUCGAGAACCUGAUUCUUCUGUGGAACAACUGAAGUUCGUGGAGGAUAAGAAGAUGCUCGUGGUGGGAAUUGAUGGAGAUCUGAUGCAGCUCAAGGAUCGGCUGACCCGUUUGGAGAAGAAGCUGGAGAUCGUCCCCAUCGUUGGUAUGGGUGGAGUAGGUAAAACCACUCUCGCUCGAAAGCUUUAUGAAGAUCCUUUAAUUGUUGAUCACUUUGCAUAUCGUGCUUGGACAACUGUCUCACAAGAUUACAAUAUGCGGCAAAUUCUCUCAAGCCUUCUUCGUUGCAUAACUGGAAACGAAUGUGAUCAACCUUCUGACAAGUUAAAAGAUAUGUUAUAUAAGAGCUUAUUCGGUAGAAAAUACUUGAUUGUGUUAGAUAAUAUAUGGAGCACCAAAUUCUGGGAUGAGAUGAGGAUGUACUUCCCAAAUACCAACAACGCUAGUCGCAUUGUGAUCACCACUAGGGAAUCUGAUGUGGCGAACUAUGCUAACUCUUCGAGUCUGCAACAUCAGGUGCGGUUGCUUAGCGAGUCUGAAAGUUGGAAUCUGCUUCACCAACUUGUGUUUGGAGAAGAGGGGUGCCCUCUUGUUUUACAAGAGAUUGGUCGAAAUAUCUCCAUGGACUGCGGUGGGCUUCCUCUAGCUAUAAGUGUGAUUGGAGGGCUGCUAUCUACGAUCAAAAGGUCAGAAGAUGCUUGGGGGAAUAAUGUAAUAGUAGCAAUUUCCGAAUCAGAUGAGCGAUGCUAUAGUAUAUUGCCUUUAAGUUAUAACCACUUGUCAAAUCACUUGAAACCAUGCUUCUUAUACAUGGGAGCUUUCCCUGAAGACUACAUGAUUAAAGGCUCCAAACUUGUACGUUUGUGGGUGGCAGAAGGAUUUGUAAAAUCAAAUAGGGGAAGAAGUUUGGAGGAAGAUGCAAAGGACUGGCUAAGGUCUCUAGUCGAGAGAAAUCUAUUUUUGGUAAGUGAAUACAAGAUGAACUCAAAACCAAAGAGUUACAGCAUGCAUGAUAUGUUGAGGGAUAUAUGCAUCAGGAAAUCUGCUCAAGACAUGUUUCUAAACGGUCCCAACAAGUUCACAACCUCUAAUCCACGCCGCCUAAGUUUACACAACUCAGACGAAUUGGAAGAUGUUAAUGAUUCAACAGAGUCAAUGUCACUAACUCGAUCAGUUAUAUUCUUUGGUUUUUGGAAGGCAGAGUUUCCAUCUGGUGCAUUUUCGGCGGCAAGAUUGCUAAGGGUGUUGGACUUAAUGAAUAUGCAUUGCGAUAGUUUCCCAACUGAAAUAUUUGAACUUGUCAACCUACGCUUUUUACGUGUCUGGUUCCUUUCAAGAAUACCGUGA